UCAAAAGUCUUUUUCAAAAUUGACAUUCCCAUCUAUGAAAGAUGAGCUUUCCUCGUCUCACGCGGAUAGGCCACCCAAGCCCCCCUGAGGGGAGGAGUUUCAGCCUUUGGGCUCUUUGGUAUUUGCAGAAACAAUAAAGCACCUGUCGGCUCAUCAGAGGGAUCGCAAGUACAGAGAAAAGAGACCUAAGCUUUGCUUAAAUCAUUUUGGACACAAAAAAAAACAUUCAUCUUGCCUUCAAGUCUGAAAUGGAAACGACAUGGAAACUUUUGAUUUUCCUGACGAUGAAACAGAUAUGCACUGCUGAAAAUGACAUCACUUUCUCUGUGUUUACGGCCACAUCCAAAAGUAUGACCAUGCAGUGGACGGGACAUAGUGGCGCCACGUCCUACAAGAUCACAGCGACACCAAAAACCUCUCCAGAGCGCUCGUUUUUUGUUCAUUUCAGUGGUGACACUGUGAUGGGCUCAGUCAACUCUCUGUCACCAAACACAGUGUACACCAUGCACUUGGAGGCCAUGGAUGAUGCCCUCAAUGUGCUGAGUAGUGCAGAGACUGAAGAGUUGACAGCCCCAGAGGUACCCAGCAUUGAGCAGGCCUACUCCAAGCACAGCGACAGCAUCACUGUAGAGUUUGCAGAGGUUGUCGGGGCGACCAGCUACAUCUUGAGGGCGGUGUCACAGAGCCACGAUUUCUUCUCGGAGACCACGGUGAGCAGUUCCCCGGGCACCGUGAUGAAGCUUCGUCCUUACACACACUACAAAUUGAGCAUCAUAUCUGUCAACGCGGGGGGGCGGAGCCAGCCAUCGUACCCCACUACAGCCAGAACAGUGGUGAUGGCGCCCAUGUUGAACUCCACCUCCCCUGAUGAUGACACCAUCCUGGUCAGCUGGUCCCCCGUUGAAUAUGCUGUCCUCUACUCGCUCUGCGUCAUCCAGCAAGGCUCCAUCUCACGCGUCAAAGUCAACACCACGGACAACUCCGUUACCUUUGAUGACCUUGAAGCAGGGACCACAUAUUGCAUCAAAGGCACAGCUUGGGACCCUGAAGGCCGUGUCGGAGAUGACCUAACCGUCUGCCAGAUCACACGUCCGCCAAGUCCAGAUGUGAUCCAUGUUCAGGUGACUCAGGGCCGGUCCCUUGGCAUCGCCGUGUACUGGGUGUUCGUACAGGGAGCCGAGGAGUACUUGGCUUGGACCACCAAUGGCCAAAACUGUACCACCACAGCCAAUAACUACUGUUACAUCAGUGCUGUGACUUGUGGUCAGAAUCACUCGGUCUCUGUCACAGCCUUCAACUCAGCUGGACCCAGCAACCCCUCGCCACCAGCUGACUACGUUACAUACCCGUGUCCUCCAGACAACGUCUGGGUAGAGGAGCCGAAUGCUGGGAACUGUUCAGUGAUGUGGGAUGAAGUACCCCUGGUGGAGUUCUAUAUGACCUUCAUAAAGCGGGACGAUGGUAUCGAGAAGUUAUGCAACACCACAGGAAGCAGCUGCCACUUUUUCUGCAUGUGUGGUUACACCUACCUCACCAGCGUCUUCCCCUACAACCAGGCUGGAUCCAGUCCCUAUGCACAUGUGCAGAACUACACCACCGUUCCAUGCUGCCCAGAGGACGUUUCCUUAGAAUCAAUUUCUACAGAAACCCUGGAGGUCACAUGGUCACCGGUCAAAGGGGCGGAGCUUUACGAGACAACCGCAGUGCAGGCCGAUGAAGCCAUCCGCUGCAAUGACACCGAGCCUUUGUGUGCACUCUCGGAUUUGAGGUGCAACGCAAUAUACUCUGUGAUUGUCACACCUUGCAGCGAAUUACGAGGGUGCAACCGCACUUGUAUGUCACACGCUCACGAGACAGCUCCUUGUGCUCCAGACAUUGUAAAUAUGACGCAGUCCAACCAAUCAUCAUACAGAGUCCUACUGACAGCGCCCAACGACCAAAAUACAAAUUAUACCGUCACUGCUGUUGGCCUCUACGACACCCACACUUGCCAUGGAAGAAACAACUCCUGUGAGCUAAUGGAGCUACCCUGUGGUUCGACUUAUGAGGUCACAGCCGUGGCCACCAAAACUUCAGGAAUGAGUCUAACCGGAUACAGUAAAGUUUUAGAAACAGGUCCUUGCUGCCCCGAGUCUAUAAACGUGAACCAGGUCACACAGGCCGUGACCAAUGUCACAUGGUCAGUUGGGCACGGAGACCAUUCUUUCAUCGCCACGCUGACAUCACCACGCGGACACGCCAAGUGUCACACUAUGGACAUGCAUUGCUUGAUGGGAUGUAUCACUUGCGGUACUAACUACAGCGUCACCCUGGAAGCCAUCAGCAGCACUGGACACAUGUCCGAGUGCAAAUACCACGGCUUCUCAUCAGGUGCCUGCUGCCCGACCAACGUCAAGCUGUACCGCUGGGCCAACAAUUCCCUCAGGGUCUACUGGCGUACAUCCUGGAGCCCUCAGGUCCAGCAGCACGUGGUGGAGCUGUACGGAACUGUGGCCAACUACACGUGCCUGGCAGCUGCCAACAAGACAUAUUGCGACAUCCAGGAGGAAACAUGCGGGGAUGUCUACAAGGUGGUGGCGGCACCCGUUGGAGCUGACGGCGUCAAAGUGAGCUUCUGUCAGCAGAGGACAUACUCAGUUCCCUGCAAAGGAUUUAAUGCUGCCCUCGUGAUCUCUCGAGGGAGAAGAAGCAUAAAAUAAAGCGGGGAGCCUCUUAGCGACACCCCAACAUGGAGGAGGACGUUGUUUACGUCUACUGUGGACAUCCAGCAUAAGUGGAUGAAAUACUAUACUCCUGUUUAGGAACGUUUUCUAGUGAUGUUUACAUAAAGACAUGUACGACUGAUUUAUGCUGAAUGUCAAUAUAAAGUCACUCAGAAAUAAAGGUGCAGCUUAAAAAUGAUAACGUCACUUAUAUCAACGAUCGAUACGGGCGGCAAUCGUGCUAGCCACGGGUGAUCGCCGUAUGUGAUCAGCGUUGAAAGGCAUUUAUCGGCAUAUGCCCAUUACAUGAUUUUUCACGUAAAUUGUCCGAUACUGAUUGGUGGCCACUCCAGAUCCUCCCACAUUCCAAAAACAUGCUAGGUUAAUUGAUGACUCCAAAUUGUCCAUAGGUAUGAAUGUGAGUGUGAAUGGUUGUUUGUCUAUAUGUGCCCUGUGAUUGGCUGGCGACCAGUCCAGGGUGUACCCCGCCUCUCGCCCGAAGACAGCUGGGAUAGGCUCCAGCACCCCCGCGACCCUUGUGAGGAUAAGCGGUAGAAAAUGAAUGAAUGAAUGAUUGGUGGCCAGAGCAUCCCUAGUAUUUUUAUAAACAAACAUCCUUGUUAGCAUCUGAUUAGCUUGCCACUACAUGGUAACGGGAACAGGAAGUCAGCUUCUAUGUUAACACAAAACUUUGUAUUUUUUACAACUAUAAUUUGACAUGCAUACAAGUAACCUUGAAUGUUAAUUUUCCCCUUUUACUCAUCCUUGAUAUGUAUUUUGAGUUGUUAAAACUAUACUAACUAUAAAAAUGUGUGUAAUGCAGAUUUACGUAGAGUAUUUAAAGGGAAAAAUUCAGUCAUAUCUACACUAACUUUACAUAUAGACUCAUUUAUGUAACAUUUAUUUAAAUGUGGACAAACUGUAGCAGUAACUGUACCCAACUGAGGUAACUGUGCUUAAAAAAAUCCUAUUCCGGAAGCUGAGAGACAUAUAUCCCGUAACCCCCCCCCAAAAAAAAGGCUCAACUAAUAAAAGUGGAUCACAGUGGGCCUGGAGUCCUGUGGGUGAUACAUGUGAUCAGGUUGCUGCACAUAAUUCAUGGGUGUGGUUGCCUGCAGUUGACA